AGACGACAUCACCUCCAGACAUUCCGGCCAUUGAUCCCUGCUCUUCGGAAUGUCGGCUCCACAUCUUCAGCGACUCACGAGAGAGCUCAACGACAUCGUUAAAAAUCCCGACCACUCAAUUCACGUCGAAUAUAACGACGAAGACCUGACCACCAUAAAUGCCCUCCUCAUCGGCCCCGCAUCUACCGCCUACGGUCUGGGCAUGUUCGACUUCCGCAUGUCCUUCGGUAAAGAUUACCCAACAAAUCCCCCGAAAGUCGUCAUCACCACCACCAAUGGCGGCAGAACUCGGUUUAAUCCGAAUUUAUAUGCGACGGGGAAGGUGUGUCUGAGUAUCCUGGGUACGUGGAGAGGAGAGCCGGGUGAGCAGUGGAGUUCGGCGCAUGGAAUAUCGAGCGUGUUGUUGUCCAUUCAUAGUCUGAUGGGUGAUAAUCCGUAUCUGAAUGAGCCUGGGUUUGAGAAUUCAAUGAAUAAUCCGGAGCAUAAGAAGCAGGCAGACGCAUAUAACAAGAAGAUCAGACACGAAACGAUAAGAAUUUCUGUGUGUCAACGCCUGGAAGGAUACCUGGGCAUCGACUCCAAAGGCUUGAAGUUACCGGUUGAAAAAGACGACGACUCAAUUCCGGUGCGAAGACCUCAUCAACCACACGAGGAUAUAUGCAAGCAGAUUUUCCUUAUGUAUUACCAACUCUAUCUGGAUGCUAUAAAGGAAGCGAGCACGGGGGUGAACAAAGGACAGCUCUUUCUCAUCACGCGCUUCGAGAGCACUGGCAAUCAGAUGGCUGGUACAUAUGAUUACGAGUCGCUUGAACGUCGGCUCAUAAUUAUCCGCAAGUUCCUUGAUGAGGAAACCGAAUCAUGGGCAGAUGAGGGUCGAAAACUGAAGGAAGUUUGGGGACCGGUGGCCACGCUGCAGAGACAGUAUGAAGAGGUUGUGGCGAAGUUACAGAAGGAAAAUAAUACGAUUACGAUGGAGUUGGAUGAAGGAAGUCCAUUGACGUGGACCAUGAUUUACUUUGGACGGCCGAUGACAAACCUUGACGGUGGUAUGUGGAAAAUCCGCAUACAAUUCAGCUCUCGUUUCCCAGAAGAAGCACCGCGUAUACAAUUCAAGACCCCCUUCUUCCAUCCCAACGUUACCGAAGACGGUGUUCCCUGGCUUGAUAUUCGAAGAGCCGAUCAUGUCGAGGAUUAUAUCAAAGCGAUCACCAACCUACUUGAGAGGGAUGAUCCAUGUAGUGACCCUUCGACGUUACUGAAUCCGGAGGCGUCAAAGAUGUAUUGGAAUGACAGGAAGGAGUACAAUCGCAAGUUGAGGCGCGUCGUGAGUCGUUCGAUGGAGUACGAAUGAGAGCCACUGCAUACAUAUGGUGACGAAGAUUGACCUGAGGAACGGGAACUUUGUU